UGGAGUCCACUCUGCCUUCCACUCCAUCGGGCGAGCAUCUCUCUCCGGAUACGCUGGAUGUAGCGCCAAGGACGACACCGACUAUCUUUUUUAAUGAAAAUACAUCUUCUUAAAAUACUAUACAUCAUUUCCCGGCAGCCUUCAUGUGAUUUGUGGACAUUUUUACUAUUUUGAGAAAAGGACCAUUCAAGAUGAUUUCGCCGUGGGACCGGUGGUACUCGACGAGUUGCUGCCUUUGCUGCCAUGUCCGGACCGGAACCAUUAUUUUGGGGAUUUGGUACAUGCUCAUCAACGCGGUGGUCCUACUCAUCCUGUUGUCGGCUCUCAACGACCCCGUGCAAUACCGCUACCACCUCACCAGCUCCGAGCUGGGGACCGACAUCGACGUCAUGGACGACGCAAAUAUCUGCAUAGCAACCGCCAUAUCCCUCCUCAUGAUUCUAAUAUGUGGCAUGGCGACAUACGGCGCAUACAAGCAACACGCCGCCUGGAUCAUUCCGUUCUUCUGCUACCAAAUCUUCGACUUUGCCCUUAACACCCUGGUGGCCAUCAGCGUGGUGGUGUACCCCAACACGGUGCAGGACUACCUCCAGCAGCUGCCGGGGACUUUCCCUUACAAAGAGGACAUCAUGUCCACCAAUAAUAUGUGCCUCGUCUUCGCAGUCCUCCUCUUCAUUGGCUGCAUCCUCUCCUUCAAGGCCUACCUGAUCGGCUGCGUGUGGAACUGCUACAGAUACGUGAGCGGCAGAGGCACCACCGAGGUCCUCGUUUACGUCACCACCAACGACACCACGGUUCUACUGCCACCAUAUGAGGAGGUGGUCGCCAUCCCGCCUAAGGAGCCCCCUCCCCAGUAUGUGGAGGCAUGAGAGACUCCCCCCAACUUACCCCUUGUCUUAACCUGCCCCCCCCCUCCAUUUGUUAGCUGUAGCAAAUCCUGGAAGCUGUUGUUGUGACUUUUGACAACAUUACUUAGCGCCACCUUGAGACUAGCAACUCUUUUGGAUGCUGUAUCGUUUCGUCCCCCCCACCCACCCCCCCACCAAGGACAUGCACUUUUCAUUUGAACUCUUGAGUCGGCCACCAACUGUUAUCCCUCCGAAACUGUGAAUCAGCAAGAGCACUUCCCCCCCCCCCCCCGGGGAAAAAAAAAGGAUCAAUUCCCUCUUUGAAUGUAACGUCGGGGUAUUUUUGUACGACUUUUUUUGUAUGGCGACGAAAGGGGUUUGGCGUGGCCGUAACGCUGUGCCCUCGCUCGGACCGGAAAAGUCUUCCUCGUGACACCCGGAAUGGAUCGGAAAUCGGCGUAUCAUGUGACCAAAUUAGCGAGCGACGUCUUCCUUGUGGUGUCUUUUCUUUUUCUAGGGUGUCACGUGUCAUCGGCCAGUUGGACUUGAGUGCGUGUGUGUGUGUGUGUGUGUGUCUCUCAUGCGGUACAUGUGACACAACACGGAUGGGAAGGGAUCAAAGGCAUAUUAGCUUAGCAUAGUAAUAGCACAAAGCAGUAUGCCGUAUAACACUGAUUGAAUAUUUUCUAAAUGCUAAAUGCCACUAUAACCAUCAUCCAGUACAUACAGUCUAUGCAAGAGCGCAUUUCAAAAGAAUUGCAUAAUUAGUGUAGUGGAUGGUGCAGCCAUUAGAGGGCGCCUUCACGCGAGUCAUGAUCACGUCGUUUGCGCGAGUCAAAUUGUUGCACUUUAUAAAGUCAGACAAAAAAAACGUUUCGUUUGGGGGAAAAAAAGCUGCAGAGCGGUUUGAUACUCAGCAGGGUCGCGUUUGGAGAGGAAAAAAAAAAGUUUAGAGUGAGAUACCUCAAUCAAUCCCUUGACGAUCCUACGUUGAGAUCCAGUAAGACAUCCUCUUGUUGGGAGUUUUGUCAGCUCAUGUGCUCAGUUGUAAAUAAAUAAUACAAAGAAAUAACCAUGAAA